CGGACGCACGCAGAGGAGCGCGCCGCGCCUGCGCAGAACGCCUAGUAUGGUGGCCGGCCGAGGCGGGCGCGCGGGAGCGGGCAGGGGAGGAUUCCGGGCGGACCUCCAGGUGCCGCUGGGACCCUGGUCUGUGGUAGCCCCAGCCAUGGAUGAGGCCACCUUCAAAAGCGACACGGUGCUGUCCGACGUCCACCUCCACACCCCAAACCAGAGACACCUGAUGGUGCGACUCAACAGCGUGGGCCAGCCGGUUUUCCUGACCCAGUUCAGGCUUCUGCGGAGCCAGGACUCUCAGACAGACUCAGGGGCUGAGGGUGGUGCCUGCAGAGAUGCUCGUGCAGAAGAGACCCCGCCUUCCGGGACACGCAGCCCUGGGUCCCCCGCCAGGGGCAGCCUCCAGGCGAGAUCUGACGCUUCCCCCCAGGAGGGGGCAGGAGCUCAGCUGGAUGAGGAUGGGGACCUGGACGUCGUGAGAAGACCCCGGACUGCCUCUGACCCUGACCCAGCGGGGCGUCCGAGAGACAAGGUCCAUCCCGUGAUUCUCAGCCAGGAGGAAGAGGACGGCCCAGGAUACCUCGCGUGCAGCCCUCACAGCAUCAUCAGAAUAGAGCACACCAUGGCCACCCCCCUGGAGGAUGUCGGCAAGCAGGUAUGGCGGGGCGCCCUGUUCCUGGCGGACUACAUCCUGUCCCAGCGGGACCUCUUCCGGGGACGCACCGUGCUGGAGCUGGGUGCGGGCAUGGGCCUCGCCAGCAUCAUCGCUGCCGCCACAUCGAGGACCGUUUACUGCACAGAUGUUGGUGCUGAUCUCUUGGCCAUGUGCCAGCGGAACGUCACCCGCAACAGCCACCUGACUGCCACCGGAGGCGGGGAUGUUAAGGUCAGAGAGCUGGACUGGCUGAGUGCUGACCUCUGCACAGACCCCAAGGUGCCCUUCAGCUGGUCCCAAGAAGACAUCUCCGACCUGUACAGCCACACCACCAUCCUGCUGGCGGCCGAGGUGUUCUAUGACAACGACUUAACCGAUGCCCUGUUUAAUACUCUCUCCCGACUGGCUCACAAGCUGAAAAAUGCCUGCACAGCCAUCCUGUCUGUGGAGAAGAGGCUGAACUUCACACUCAGGCACUUGGACGUGACGUGCGAAGCCUACGACCACUUCCGGUCCUGCCUGCGCCGGCUGGAGAAGCUCGCUGAGGGACGGCUGCGCUUCGUGGUAGAGCCAGUGGAGGCGACUUUCCCGCAGCUGCUGGUGUACGAGCGCAUCCGGCAGCUGGUCGGCCCCUGCCCACUCCUGGGACGUCCAUCCCUGAGUCGUCUGCUGCCUGUGAGUGGGUCCUUUCUGACACCCCGCCCGUGGUCAUGGCAGCAGAGACGGGCUGUGAAGGGACACUCAGCAGCCCUGCUUGAAUUCCAAACUGAGCCCGCCCUGAAGGUCACUUCAGAGCCAACGCAGCCCUGAGGACAAGAGGCCAGGACCGCCACCUGAGAAGCCACCUCUGAGGCCACGUGCCCGACAGAGUAAUGUACAGAUGGGCAGGGAACCUGCCCGGCUUGCUGUCAAACCCUCAUGGGUAAGGCUGGUCUGAACCAACGGAGCUUGGCCGCCACAGUGCUAGUGGGAGGCCCUCUGGGGGCAGGUCUGCCCUGAUGUGGGGCCUUGGAGGGUCAUCCCUGCUGCAAGCGAGUGAGUCCCUCCCCAUCCUGCACACCCCUCUGUGUGCCCGUGCCAGGAACAGGUCCCUCAGCGGGCUGGUCUUUGCUGUCCUGCAUCCUUCUGGGAAGCCGCGUGCUGUGGUGCUAGGGGAGCACCCGUUGGCUGCGGGUGCAAAGCCGGCAGCAGGCAGUUCUGCCCUGGGCCCAGGGCCGAGCCAGGGGAGCCUUCCAGCUCCUGUGUCAGAGGCAGCGGUAGCGCUCAGCGCCCUGCGUGUGGUGGCUGGGAGGGGCAGCAGCGACUCUGCUCUUCAGCCUCUUGUUAAAGCCAUGGGGGCUUCUCCAGAAGUUAGGGGGUGAGAUUGGCCCCUCCAGACCUGGGUCUGGGUGACGCAAAAAGCCUGUGACUCCCAGGGAAGCCCUGAUCUCUGUCCCCACACUCACUCUGGUCGCAGGAGUCGGGACAUGGGAUUCCCAUUCAGGUAGGGGAAUGGCGGCCAGUGGGGUGGGCGGGGAGGGUUUCAGAGGAGAGCCUGGGUGACCACCAUCUGGGAUGAGUGGCCACAGGAGCAGACAGCGAGGUGGAUUGCAGUGUGCGCUGAGCUGACAGGAGACGCCAUCCCGUGGUGCUGGGCGGGACCUCACCUGGCUGAAUGCACAUCAGUUCAGUGCUCGAGGACCCAGUUCCAGCCUCGGCCUCCACCUGCAGGGGGAAAGCUGUGAGUGGUGAAGCAGUGCUGCAGGUGUCUCUCUGUCCAUCUCCCUAUUUCUCCUUACCCUCUCAACUUCUGGCUGUCUCUACCAAAUAAAGAUAAUUUAAAAAUAG